GUCACGCCCCCAACCAUAUCGCCAACCACUCCAGAGACUUUUACGCUUGUCCGUACAAAAAAAGCACAAAACCCAAUGUCUGUUCUUUCGGACUCGUUUGAUGACUCAGUUCCUCAAUCUGAGUCAAAUCGCCCAUUUGAGGACGAUAACGGUGGUUACGUCGACUACAGUUCCCAACAGUUCGAUUCUUUCUCCGGUGGAGAUGAAGUUUUCGAGUCGCAUCAGCCGGUGUAUGGUGUUGGCGAAGAGUUCGAGCCGGAGGAGAAUGGAAAGGAAUUCGAUGGACAGUUUGGUGGAUCGGACGGUCCGAUUUUGCCGCCUCCAUCAGAGAUGGGAAUCGAGGAGGGAUAUGCGCUUAGAGAAUGGAGAAGAGAGAAUGCUAUAAGACUGGAGGAAAAGGAGAAGCGGGAAAAAGAGCUAUUGAACCAAAUAAUCCUUGAAGCUGAUGAAUACAAGGUUGAGUUCUAUAGGAAGAGGGCGAUCACGUGUGAGAAUAAUAAAGCCACUAACAGGGAAAAGGAGAAGGUAUUUGUGGCUAACCAGGAGAAAUUCCAUGCGGAGGCAGAUAAGAAUUAUUGGAAGGCCAUUGCAGAGCUCAUUCCUAAUGAAGUGCCAGCCAUAGAGAAAAAGAGAGGGAAGAAAGAUCAGGAGAAGAAGCCCGGAAUAGUUGUGAUUCAAGGUCCAAAGCCAGGGAAACCAACUGAACUCUCAAGGAUGCGCCAGAUACUUAUAAAAUUGAAGCACAAUACACCUCCUCACCUAAAGCAUGCUCCACCACCUGCGGCAGCCCCAGCAAAAGAUGCGAAAAAGAGUGAUGAUGCAGCUGGUACUGCUUCUGCCAAGGCUGCUGCUGCUGUGACAACCACUCCUGAGACUGUAGCUGUAGCUUGAUUGUUUCUUACGGACGUCAUCAUUAGUUUUUACAUAUAAAAGCUUUUGUUACACUUUACCUUGUAGUGUAGCUUCAGGCUUGUCUAGUGGACAUGGUACUGGUACAAGGGAAUAUUAAGAUUGUGAAAAACUUGGUCGUUUAGAUUA